UAUUGCAAAAAGAUGUAAAAAAACUAGUUUUAUAAUUAAAGAUAAAAGAAGAAGAAAAGGACGAAGUCAGGCAUGGCGCACAGUUUACCUCGUAAAGGAAUCCUUCAGAGCGAAGCUCUAUUGAAGUAUAUCUAUGAAACAAGUGCAUGUCCUAGAGAGCAACAGGAACUCAAGAAUUUACGAAAAGCUACGGAGAAGAAAUAUGGAAACUUGAGCAUAAUGGCAGUGCCAGUUGAUGAAGCGCAGUUCCUAUCAAUGAUUGUGAAGAUGAUGAACGCGAAAAGGACAUUAGAGAUUGGUGUUUUUACUGGCUAUUCUCUUCUUUCAAUUGCCCUUGCGUUGCCUCAUGAUGGCCGGAUAAAAGCAAUAGACAUUGAUCAAGAAGCUUAUGAAUUUGGAUUACCAUUCAUUCGUAAGGCUGGCGUCGAGCACAAAAUCAAUUUCAUUCACUCUAAUGCUAUUUCAGUAUUAAGUGAAAUGUUAAACAAUGAAAAGGAGAAAGAAGAAUUUGACAUGGCAUUUGUAGAUGCUCCCAAUUACAAAAAUUACCAUGAGCAAUUGUUGAAAUUAGUUAAGAUUGGAGGAAUAAUUGCUUAUGAUAACACCCUAUGGUUUGGAUUUGUUGCUCAAGAAGAAAAUGAAGUUCCAGAGCUUUUCAGGGACUCAACAAAGGCUAUACAGGAACUCAAUGACUACCUGUCUCGGGAUCAACGUGUAGAGUUCUCGCAAGUUUCUAUUGGCGAUGGUGUUACUCUAUGUAGGCGUCUCCACUGAAAUUUAUUAUCAUUUUGCAUAGCUAUUUAGAUUUUGUUUGUUGCAGAUUAGAUGAUAGAUGGUGUUUUAUUACUAUCAUCCCUAAAAUAAAAUUAUAAUACUUGCAUUUUUCUUA